AUGCUCCACUUGAUUCUUAUCAAUGGGAAUGUAAUAGAGUAUAGAGUUCUGAUUAGUUCAUCCGUCAGGAUAGCUCCAGGUGAACCGGAAACAAGUAGUCAUGUAGAAUUUCAGAUAGAACAAACUGUUAUUCUUUCAUGCAGUUCUACCGGCGGAAACCCCCCACCAUCAGUAAUAUGGUUGAAAGAUGAUAUUGUAAUUACGUCUGGUACUAAUACAUCUACCAGUGGUAAUUUAACAACAACAACAUUGACUUUUACAACAACUACCAAUGAUAACAAUGAGGUAUAUGAAUGUCAGGUCGAUAAUGGGUUCCUUAGAAGACCACUAGUAAAGACGACAUAUCUCACACUUAAACCUUCCAUCAACCCUCCAGGUCAACCAGAAAUAACAGGUUCACAUCAAUAUCACUUAGGAGAUACUAUAAGAAUAAUAUGCAGUUCUACAGGAGGAAAUCCUUUACCUACAUUAAAUUGGCUGAGAAAUGACAAUGUCAUUACAUAUGGUAUAAGUAGAUCUACGAACAAUGGCGUAACAACAUCAACUUUAACUUUUACUGCUGGUUUGGAAGACCACCUCGCAGUGUUUGAAUGUCAGGCGGGUAACGGCGUAUUGAAUAAGCCACUUGCAACGACAACAUAUAUUGAAGUAUAUUUUACAUCAAAGGCCCCAAUACUGACCGGACCUACAAACCUGAUCUCUGGUUCCUCAGGAACAUGGACUUGUUCAUCAUUGAAUGGUUAUCCUGCUCCAACCAUUUCCAUUAGAAUCCAGGACCGAUAUUACACUAACGAGUUUGUUGUUGUGCAGUCUUAUGAUGUUAUUGAUAGAAGUUAUACAGUAACUGGAACAUUAGAGGUGGUUCCAUUAUCUGACAAAAGUGGACAAACUCUUUGUUGUGAUGUUAAUCAUCUACUCAAUAGCAAAGUACCCCAAUCAGUGUGCUUGCAGUUAACAAUUGAAGAUAAAGAAGAUAAGAACAUUACAAUAUACGCCGUGAUUGGCUUGGUGGCAUUUUUACUGAUCUUUAUAAUAGUGAUAGCAGUACUUUGUAACAACAGAAACGGUAAUCAUCAACCUCGAAAUCGGAAUCGUGACAGAGUUUAUAAUGAAUUUAAUGGAAAUAGAGGACAGAGCCAUGUUUAUGACAUACCACAAGACCAUCGAUAUCGCAAUAGCAAUUAUUUAACGCCAACACAUAGAUCCGCAGAUCUACACAACAAUUAUUUAACGACGACAUAUAGAACUUCAGACCUAAGUCAUUCUUACUUUCUACCAGUGAGCGGAAAUUCUAGGAUAUCAACAACGUAGUGUCUGGGAUAAAUGAAAUUGAACAUAAAUAUU